GGUCUGAAUCCGAGCACUUGAUUUCGUGCGCCAGCGUUUUCUGUUGCUCAAGGAGCUGCAGGCUACAAUGGCAACUUUUGCGCGCCCGGUCGCCUCGACCAUUAAUGGCGUCGACUUCAAUGUCUACUCCGAGGAAGAGAUUAAAGCUCUCUCGGUGAAAAGAAUUCACAAUACGCCGACUUUGGAUUCAUUUAACAAUCCUGUUCCUGGUGGUCUUCAAGACCCUGCUAUGGGCGCUUGGGGAGAUCAUGUAUGCACUACCUGUCGCCAGAACUCUUUCACUUGUACCGGACAUCCUGGACACAUUGAGCUGCCAGUACCCUUCUAUAAUGUCACCUUCUUCGAUCACAUCUUCCGCCUCCUGCGAGCACAAUGUGUGUACUGUCUUCGCCUGCAGAUGGGUCGCAACCAGGUCAACAUGUACACCUGCAAAUUGCGCCUUCUGCAAUAUGGAUUGGUCGACGAAGUCGCUGUUGUCGAUGCGAUGGGAGCCGUCAAAGGUGCCAAAUCAAAGGCCACCAAGGGCAAGGAAGACGAUUCAGACGACUCAGACAAUCCCGAUGAUGAUGACUACAUGCAAAAGAGGACUGAUUAUGUCACUCGGCGCAUCCGCGAAGCCAAGAAGGAGGGCAAAUUGGACGGAUUGAUGCCUGGCGGACAGAACCCUAUUGCCGCAGAAGCCAGACGGGAGUUGAUCAAAGCCUUCUUCAAGGAUAUCAACGGAUUCAAGAAAUGUGUCGGCUGCAGCGGAGUAUCCCCCUCCUAUAAAAAGGAUCGCUACAACAAAAUCUUCCGAAAGCAAUUACCCGAGAAGCAGAAGCUUGCAAUGCUGCAAGGAGGAUUCCAGGCACCGAAUACCAUGGUCCUUCUCGAGCAAGAAAGGAACGCCAAGUCCAAGAAUACUGUUUCCGAGGUCCACGGAGCCGAAGAGGAAAUCCGCCGUGGUGUGGCUGUCGUGCAGGAGGCACAAGGAUCGACCGGUCAAGAAUUCAUGUCUUCUUCCGAAGUCUAUGGAGCUCUUCAUCUUCUCUUCCAGAAGGAAAGUGAGAUCCUGCAGCUUGUCUACAAUUCUAGGCCUGUGCCCAAGGGAGUGAAAGCUAUAUCGGCAGACAUGUUCUUCAUCAAGAGUAUUCUGGUGCCGCCAAACAAAUACCGCCCCGCAGUCCAGCAGGGUGCCGGAACAGUCAUGGAGGCACAGCAAAACACUUCGUUCAAUGCGAUUUUGAAGGGCUGUGACACCAUCAACCAAAUCAGCAAGGAGAUCCAAAACGAGGAAGAGAAGACCAUGUCCCGUGCGCGGAACUACAGUGAUCUCCUUCAAGCUAUCGUUCAACUCCAAGAUGUGGUCAACGGGUUGAUUGACCGCGAUCGUACCUCGGUCACCGGAUCAGCUGCCUUAUCACAGCCGAACGGUAUCAAGCAGAUUCUGGAGAAGAAGGAAGGUCUGUUCCGAAAGAACAUGAUGGGCAAGCGUGUCAACUUUGCUGCUCGUAGUGUUAUCUCACCCGAUCCCAACAUCGAACCCAAUGAGAUUGGUGUACCCCUUGUCUUCGCCAAGAAGUUGACUUUCCCUGAACCUGUGACAAACCACAACUUCUGGGAGUUGAAGGAGGCUGUUAUCAACGGUCCCGACAAAUACCCCGGAGCCUCUUCCAUCGAGAACGAGAAUGGACAAGUCAUCAAUCUCAAGUUCAAGAACCUGGAAGAGCGGACAGCCCUUGCCAACCAACUGCUCGCACCGUCAAAUUGGCGCCAGAAAGGUUCGCGCAACAAGAAGGUCUACCGUCAUCUCACCACCGGUGAUUACGUCUUGAUGAACCGUCAGCCCACUCUGCACAAACCCUCCAUCAUGGGUCACAAGGCUCGUGUCCUUCCCAAUGAGCGGGUUAUUCGCAUGCACUACGCCAAUUGUAACACCUAUAACGCCGAUUUCGAUGGUGACGAGAUGAACAUGCAUUUCCCUCAAAAUGAGCUUGCUCAAGCCGAAGCCAGAAUGUUGGCAGACGCCGACCACCAGUAUCUCGUUGCCACAUCAGGGAAACCGCUGAGAGGUCUGAUUCAAGAUCAUAUUUCCAUGGGAACGUGGGUUACAUGCCGUGACAGCUUCUAUGACGAGGAGGAUUACCACCAGUUGUUGUACAGUUGCUUGAGACCGGAACAUUCGCAUAUUGUCAGUGACCGGAUCCAACUGGUCGAGCCUGCCAUGCGAAAGCCCAAGUGCCUAUGGACCGGAAAGCAGAUUAUCACGACAAUCCUCAAGAACAUCCAACCCCCAGAGCGAGGUGGUUUGACCUUGAAGAGCAAGUCUUCAACCCCUGGCGAACGAUGGGGUGAGAACAACGAAGAAGGAGAGGUUAUCUUCCAGGAUGGAGAGUACCUUUGUGGUAUUCUCGAUAAAAAACAGCUCGGUCCCACCGCCGGUGGUCUCAUCGAUGCUGUCCAUGAAGUUUAUGGAUACAGCACUGCUGGCAAGCUCAUCGGUAUUCUUGGAAGACUCCUCACUCGCGUCCUGAACCUGCGUGGCUUCAGUUGUGGUAUCGACGAUCUUCGAUUGACUAAGGAGGGUGACCGUAUCCGCAAGGAGAAGUUGGCCACUGCUCCUCAGAUGGGCCGCGAAGUUGCUCUGAAGUAUGUGACCUUGGACCAGGUUCCUGGUGACCAGACUGCCGAGUUGAACCGACGAUUGGAGGAGGUUCUUCGCGAUGACGACAAGCAAAGUGGCCUGGAUAGCGUUUCUAACGCCCGGUCUGCCAAGCUCUCUUCUGAAAUCACCAGCGCGUGUCUCCCGUCCGGUCUUGCUAAACCUUUUCCCUGGAACCAAAUGCAGUCUAUGACGAUAUCUGGAGCCAAGGGAUCCGGCGUUAACGCCAACCUGAUUUCUUGCAAUCUCGGCCAGCAGGUUCUUGAAGGUCGCCGUGUACCACUCAUGAUCAGUGGAAAGACUCUUCCGUCAUUCAAGGCCUUCGAAACCCACCCGAUGGCUGGUGGUUACGUCUCUGGUCGUUUCUUGACCGGAAUCAAGCCUCAAGAAUACUACUUCCACGCCAUGGCUGGUCGUGAGGGUCUGAUUGAUACUGCUGUCAAGACAUCUAGAUCUGGUUACCUGCAACGUUGUUUGAUCAAGGGUAUGGAAGGCCUCAAGGCUGAAUACGAUUCCUCUGUUCGUGAAGCGUCAGAUGGCUCCGUUGUCCAGUUCUUGUACGGAGAGGACGGUCUCGAUAUCACCAAACAAGUGCACCUGAACGACUUUGACUUCCUUGCUCAGAACCACAUCUCCAUUUCCAAGCAAGUCCAAGCAGAUGAUUACCACAAAUUGGCGAAGGAGGAUGUUACGACUUGGCACAAGGACGCCAUGAAAGCGGUCCGCAAGACCGGAAAGAUUGAUGCUGUGGACCCUGUGUUGUCUCACUUCCCCCUGGAGGAAACCUUGGAAUACGCGGAUGUCAACAAGAACAAGCUCAUUAAAGACAAGAAGAAGAACAUCGAGGGCAAGGUCUCCAAGAAGACCUUCGAGGCCUUGAUGAACAUGAAGUACAUGAAGUCCAUCAUUGACCCCGGUGAGGCGGUCGGAAUUAUGGCCGGUCAAUCCGUCGGAGAGCCGUCCACGCAGAUGACUCUCAACACCUUCCAUUUGGCUGGUCACUCGGCAAAGAACGUCACACUGGGUAUCCCCCGUCUACGUGAAAUUGUUAUGACUGCAAGUGCCAAGAUUAUGACACCUACGAUGACUCUUCUUCUGAACGAGGAAAUCUCUAAAGAGGACUCGGAGAAAUUCGCCAAGGCCAUCAGCAAACUGAGCAUUGCUGAACUUGUUGACAAGGUGCAAGUCAGGGAACGCAUUGGCUCAGGCAUUGGCCACUCCAAGGCCAAGAUCUACGACAUCGAGAUCGACUUCUUCCCGUCUGAAGAAUACACCAAGGAAUACGCCAUUGAGACAAAGGAUGUUCUGAUUGCUCUGGAAUCCAAGCUCAUCCCCGAGAAGAAGGGCGUCAAGGGCACGACUUCUCAGCCUGAAAUCGGUGUUUCAGUCGGUAGAAUCGCGGAGGCACCGAGAGGCGCCGACUCCGAGGCCCAGCCAGCCGACGACGACAAUGAAGAUGAUGAGGACGAUGCCAAGCGGGCCGCCAGCGCUCAGAACAGGGGCAACCAGGUCUCCUACGAAGAACCCGACGCCGGCGAGCAGGAUAUCAUCAAACGCCAAGACAGCCCUGACGACGAAGAAGACGAAGAUGAAAGCAGCAAGCCUGCCAAGGCCACUCGUGACGUGCAAAUGAAGGACAGCUCCGACUCCGACUCCGAGGAUGAGUCCGACGACGAGACCGCCCAAGACAGCAAGGCGCGCGAGGAGGAUGUCAUGGGCAAGUUCGAGGAGAUCACGAAGUUCAAGUUCGACCCGAAGAAGGGCAACACUACGACGUCGAGACCCCCUAAGCUUCUCCUCCUUCCCCUGGUUGAGAAGGCUCUCCACCUCGCCGUCAUCCAGUGUAUUCCCGGCAUGGGCAACUGCGUCUUCGUCGAGGCUGACGAGGCGAAGGGUGAUCCCGCCAACAUCAUCACCGAGGGUGUCAACCUUCUCGCCAUGCGCGACUACCAGGAUAUCAUCAAGCCCCACUCGAUCUACACCAACUCCAUCCACGACAUGCUCAACCUGUACGGUGUCGAAGCUGCUCGUGGCACCAUCGUCCGCGAAAUGGAUGCCGUUUUCAAGGGUCACAGUAUCUCCGUUGACAACCGUCACUUGAACUUGAUCGGUGAUGUGAUGACACAGUCCGGUGGCUUCAAGGCGUUCAGUCGUAACGGCUUGGUCAAGGAUGCCUCGUCUGCUUUCGCUCGGGCCAGUUUCGAGACUACUGUCGGUGCCCUGAAGGACGUUGUGCUCGAGAGAGGUAAUGAUAACCUCAAGAGUCCUAGUAGCAGAAUUGUUGUUGGCCGUGUCGGUACCGUCGGCACUGGUUCGUUCGACAUUCUUGCUCCUGUAGCAUAG